AAUAAUUUGUUUAUUUCCAGCGAAUGACAGAAAUAUGAUCAAGAUUAGAGGCGGCUGAAUUCGCCGAUUUAGUUGGAUAAUACUGAGUAAACCCCGGGAAGGCAAGGGGGCUUAGCAAAAAUGCUUCUACUUAUCCAGAGUCAACAUUACGAGGCGGGACGGGUCGGGGCGGGACGGACGGAUAAGCCCGGGUUCUCCACUCCGCGCCCCUCCUACCCAGAUCCCGGGGCCUACAGAGUCAUUUAGCCCAGACUGCUCUGAAGAUUAGUCGUGAUCCAUUUGAAACCUCCUAGAUCCUGGGGGCUCAACGUAAUAAUACUUUUUAAAUCGAAUCUUAAAAGCGCGUGCUCCCGAUCCCAAACAUUGAAAUACCUGAACCCAGAUAUCGUGUGUAAUUAGUGAACAGUAAGUCUUUCCUAAACUAAUCCUAGUCAUUAUUCUGGGAACCUGGGUUUGUAUUGACAAAUCCCAGGGAUUGGAACUAAAUCUUAAAAUCCAGGAGAAUAUCCAGAAUGGAUAUGCUGGGAGUUGGACUUGGUCAUACCUCUCUCCAUGAUCUUGGUUUAGAGGUACAUCACCACGAACACCUUCAUCCCCACCAACCCCUCCCUCCACACAGGCCCCUUUCCCCGCCUCUUCAUCAUCCCGUAGACUCAUCGUUCUCCCCCUCAUCCCACCUACCCUCGUCUACAGUAAAGAUAAAACCUGAUCCUGGGGAAGCUCCGAGUCAGAGCAGUGAAGUUGCAGAUAGUCAACAUGAUCUCCAAGAUAAGGACGGAAAAAAGAAAAGACAAAGGAGACAGAGAACACACUUCACAUCCCAGCAAUUACAGGAGUUAGAAGCAUUGUUUUCAAGAAACCGGUAUCCGGACAUGUCAACAAGAGAGGAGAUAUCAAUGUGGACUAAUCUGACGGAACCCAGAGUACGGGUAUGGUUUAAAAAUCGUCGAGCAAAGUGGAGAAAACGUGAAAGGCAUCUACUAAACGCUAGUUCAGACUUUGGUAAAGGAGGAUUUGGAUCCCAGUUCAACGGACUAAUGCAACCUUUCCCUGAAGAUGGAUUAUCCAGCUACGGAUAUCCAAGCUACAAUAACUGGGCAGCUAAAGUACCCUCUCCCUCCCUAGCUAAGGGAUUUGCUUGGGGACUUAACACUCCUCUUAUGCACAACCAAUCUAGUAUGUCAUCCAUGGGAUUUAACUCGAUGGCGUGUCUUCAGAGCGCAAGUACUAUGAACUCCUCCUCUAUUAUGCCUAGUGUGACAUCUAUAUCAUCAUCCCUCUCCUCUUCUUCUUCUCCAUACUCCACUCCAGCACCCUCACACUACAACAUGUACAAGGAUUACAAGGAAUCAACCUAUCCAGGGAUGUCUUCCUCUAUAGCAUCUCUGAGACUAAAGGCAAAGCAUCAUCAGUCGGGUUUCAGUUCAUAUUCACCUCAACCCCCCCUCUCACCGCGCUCCCUUUCAGCUUGCCAAUAUACAGGUGCCCCUGACAGGCCGAUAAUCUAGACCUUAUUCAGGAUUGGUCGUUACUUGCCGCUAUCGAAAAUCUCUAGCGGCAAAGUUUACUCUCAUUUUGUCUAGUGUUUUCGUUCAUUUUCAGCAGUAAUUUUCUUUCCAUCCUAGUUAACUAAUAAGAAAUAAAUAUCUGAUUGAGUUUAUUCCCAACGUGUCACGAAAUAUAUAAUUAAAACAAAAAUAAAAGAGAAAAAGUAACGAGAUAUUCAUUUUUGUUGUUGUCUUGUAUAUUUCUUUUCAAUAAUACAUUCAUUAAUAAACUUUCUUACAUUGAUCAAAUGCAAAAAAUAUUCAAGUAUUCUUCUUUGAACCAAGAUCUGUUAUCAAACGAAAUUAAAAUUAAUUUUCUUUUGUUAGUUACUAAAUAUGUAUUUAUUAUAAAAACGAACUGUAUACUAUGUAUAUUUAUUUAAUCUAAUUAUUUCAAAAUCUAAGGUUAAAAUUUUGAUUUCCUAAAAAACGAUUCGCCAAAGCCUUUUUUUAAAUUUUGCUAAUAUUUUUUUUGUGAGGGGAAUCGUAUUUUAGGAUAAAGUCCUAAAAAUGACACUUGUGUUUACCAAAAAUCAUGACCAAAGAAUAUUGUUUAAAACUGAUUACAGUUGGUAUGCUUUUCAAGUUUUUUUUAUUAUUUAUGUGUGUGCCAAAUUUAAGCUCUCUUUAAAUCUAAGAAAUUGUUAGAAAUCAAAAAUUUCAAAAUCAAUAACAAAAUAUACAUCAUACAUUUAUCUGAAAAAAAUAUAUUUUGCAAAGAUCAUGUUGCCUUUGUGCCAAAUGUAGCAAUAUUGUAGAUUUUCUAGUCAACAAUUCUUAAAAUAUGCGAUGAUGUAUUGGCCGAAACAUCUAAUGCUCACAACAUACAACCAUAAACUGCAUGUGCAAAGGGAAUCUUUCAAUUUCUAUUUUUGUUCGUACACAACAUAUCGCAAUAAAAAGUACGUAUAUUUAA